AUGAAAGAGAAUAAACAUAAGAAACAGUCUUCGAGUAAAGCAGUUAACGAGAAAGCAGGGUGUAAGAGGCCUUGCAAGGACACUGACCAAUCUCCGUCUAUCCAAGGCAAGACUACAUUUCAACCAAGCUAUAAGGAGGCAGAUAAGGAAUCCAAGACAGGCACGAGGAGAAAGUUGCCUGUCUGCAAAAGCCGUUCUAGACGCGGCACUAAAAAAGCUAUUGCAAGAGAAAAUUUAGCAGGAAGCAAUGCUGCACCAUUGGUAGUCCCAGAUUCUGAUGAUGAUGAUGACGUGCCGCUUGCUAGAAGGAUACGGUUAUUCCAACAGCAGCCUCUGCCACAUGAUGUGAAACAAGCAGAUCCCGUGUUCAAGGGCAAUCAUAAUAGUCAUCAAGAAGCAAACACUGACCUAAAAAAUAGAUCUCCACACACACCGCCAACAGCACUUGUACAGCUCAGUGACUAUGAUUUUGACCGCGAGUUCGACAUCUCGAUCGUUCAGUGCCCUGAAUUUGAGCAAGUACUCAAUAGUGUUGAACAGGGGCGCGAAACAAAUGCCAUCAUCAUGCAGCCCCUACAAACGGUCUUGCCAAACAAAUCAAGCUACCAUACACUGAGUCCAGGGAGACCGAGCUUUUCACUCAGUUUAACUCACCUUGCUUCAUUUAUUGACGGUGUGAGACCAAUUUAUGAUGGUCUUAGUCCAAGCUUUGGUGAGGAUACUAGGUUCUUUGACAAGGCAGUAACAGCAAAGAGAAACUGGUGGUUAUUUCCUUAUUGUUGGAGGGGCGAUUGGUGGGUAUAUGCAUUUGAAGUUAAUGCGAAGCGCAUAGUUAUACUCGGCAGUUUGCAUUAUGCACCAGAAGAUGACAAACGAGAUAAACUCGAUGCAUAUGUGGUAAGAUACUGGGAGAUUGUGUGA